UGAGCUCCACAUUUAGUGACUGCUGUCGCAGAGCGACCUUUUCUCAGUCUUCAAGUGCUGAGCUGCAGGUUCAAUCCCAGUGCUUACUGGAUUCUGCUUACUGGGAAUACAAGCACAUAGGAUCCUCAAACUAUAAAUGCAUCAAGGACCCACCCAAGCUUGAAAAAAAAUGUUCACCCAGUCAUCCAAUGUGUCUGUAAAGAAUGCAUCCCAGUCGUUCACAGGCCUGGAUCUCCUAUUUGAUAUGAAGCCUCUGUUCAUUCCUUUGUAUGCGUUGUUGGUGACCGUGGCUUGCCUAGGAAACAGUGUUCUAAUCCUUCUUAUUGCCUUCACCAAGAAACUUCACAAUACUACCAAUUUCCUUAUUGGGAACCUAGCGGCAGCAGAUCUGGUCAUGUGCAUUUUCUGCGUGCCACUGACAGCCUCCUAUGCUUUCGAAGUCCAGGGUUGGCUGUUUGGAGAGUUUAUGUGCCAUUUUGUCACUUUAAUGCAAGCUGCAACAGUUUUUGUAUCUGUGUUAUCACUGACUGCUAUUUCCGUAGAUCGAUAUGUGGUAGUUGUUUAUCCUAUCCGAAGAAGAAUAGGCUGUAAAUCAUGCAUUUAUAUCGUGACAGUCAUCUGGAUGGUCUCCAUUGGAGUCUCUUUACCAACAUCCAUGCAUACUCAUUACCUGGAUCUCAAGAAAGUUGGCCAUAACAUGAUCAUUUGUGAGGAGUUUUGGAAACACCAAGAAAAACAAAGGCUUCUCUAUUCCUGCACUAUGUUGCUCCUGUCUUACAUGCUUCCACUUUCUGCUGUUACAGUUUCCUACUGUGCCAUUGCCUACCACCUUAGAAGGAGGAACGUCCCAGGGGCAGCAACCCACAACCAAGAUAAAUGGUCUAAAAAGAAGCAGAAGACUUUCCGUAUGCUCCUUAUUUCCGUCAUGGCUUUUGCCAUAUGUUGGCUGCCUCUUCAGGUGGUCAACCUUAUCCGGGAUAUUGAUGAAGAGUUUACUAUUUUGGAUAAGGAUUAUAUUAAUGUAAUUCAAGUUACAUGCCAUCUUAUUGCGAUGAGCUCUGCAUGCUACAACCCUUUCAUUUAUGCUUCUUUGCAUGACAAAUUUCGCUUUCACCUUCGAAAUUACUUCUAUCACCAUAAGAAGAGAGCCAGGACAAUGUCAAGCAAGAACUCAAGACUCAACACUUGCUCUACAUUAGCUGAUGUCCCCAUGGCACUGCCGGACAAAAUGGCCCUCCAGGGGAGAUUCUCUUUUAACUAG